GCAAAGAAGACGGACCAACUUCCGGUUUUGACUUCCGGGUCUUCUCGUCGCAUGUCUACAGUAAUUUGUGUGUGCUACCGACUAGUGUGAGUAAUUUUGCCCAAAUAGAAGCCGGGCUAUGAAUCCUGUUCUACGAAAGGUGCUGAGUCAAGGACCAUUGUUGUGCAGGGUUCGAUCAUGUACCCAGCAGCUUCCUGUUUGGGGUGGUGUUGCUCUGACACAGGAAAGGCAAUACAAGGGUGCCCCGACAGAAGGCAUCGGCAGGUGGAAACAUCUUUUACCCAAAGAAGUGCAAAAGAAGAAAUACGACAAACAUCAGAUGCAGAGUAUCAUGGCCGCCACCAGCACGGCAUAUGGAACCCUGAAUGUCAACGUGUCAGGCUAUGACAUGACAACAGUAGAGCACUACGCGCAGUACAUUCACAACCUGUGUAUUCGGCUUGGCGUCAGUGUGGCAGAGAGCUAUGCAUUGCCGACCCAAAGCACAGAGGUGAUGUUGAUGCCCGAGCACGGCACCAAGAUGCAUGUGGACUCAAUUCUGAAGACCCACAGACGUGUUAUUCAGGUGCUCCAGGCUCAGGUGGAGAGCAGUGGAGAUGGCGUCUUCAGUGGAGCGGUUUGGCUGCUGAGCAGCCUGAAGGCAAAGCUGUGCCCCAUUUUGAUGGACAUGCUCAUGAAAAACCAGCCUGAAGGGGUCCAGCUAUCUGUAAAGGAGCACACCCAGGCUGACUUCCAAGCCCGCUUCAAAUCUCGACCUGAGCUGGAAGGCCUCCUCGCUCAGAUUAGCCAAUAAGCAGUUUGUGGAUGAGAUUGGAAGUAGAAAAUGGAAAAAUGUUUACUAUUUCCAAUUAUAAGACUUGUUACUUAAUAUUAGGGCUUGUGAAUUUAAAAGUGACAUUACAGAUUUGCUACAUGCCGGAAAUGAGUCAACAUGCAACAAUUGUCUAAAUAACUUGCAAUACAAGUAAGUAGGAACAUCGAUAGGCUAGGCUACAAGACUUUAUAUAUCCCACAUUGGGAAAUUCCAUUGUUUCCGUGUAAAAUUUCCAGUAAGAUAAGCAGUCAGAGGAAGCGGAGAGAUGAACAUAAAGCAAAUAUUAAAUACAAUAAAUAUU